AUGUCGUUCACGACCGCAUACUUCAUGAAUGAGACGCAAAGACUGCACAAUGAGAUUGAAAACAAAAGAAUGGAACUGAAGAAAUUGAAUAAAAAGCAGUAUGAUCUUAACAACCAGGUACGAAUGCUUAAAGAGGAGAUAAGAAUAGUGCAGGAACCGUCGGCAAAUGUGGGUACGGUGAUCAAAAAGAUGGGCAAGAACAAGGUGUUGGUAAAGACACAGCCGGAUGGUAAGUACAUGGUGGACGUGGACGAGAAGAUCAACAUGGAGGAGUUGAAGCUGAACACGAGGGUUGCGCUCCGAUCGGACAAUUACAAACUGAUUCGCACACUGCCUACGAUUGUUGAUCCGAUUGUUUCGUUGAUGAUGGUUGAGAAGGUGCCUGAUGCGACAUAUGACAUGAUAGGCGGUCUCAAGCAGCAGAUAAAGGAGAUAAGAGAGGUUAUAGAACUGCCGAUCAAGAAUCCGGAGCUGUUUGAAAAUCUGGGCAUUACGCAGCCGAAGGGCGUGCUGCUGUACGGUCCGCCGGGCACGGGAAAGACACUGUUGGCACGGGCAGUGGCGCACCACACGGAUUGCAAGUUUAUCAGAGUGUCGGGAACGGAGCUCGUGCAGAAGUACAUUGGUGAGGGCAGCAGGCUGGUCCGUGAGCUGUUCGUGAUGGCACGCGAGCAUGCGCCCUCAAUUAUUUUCAUGGACGAGAUCGAUUCGAUCGGUUCUACACGGUCGGAGGGCGGAAAGGGUGACAGCGAAGUGCAGAGAACGAUGCUUGAGCUGCUCAAUCAGCUGGACGGCUUUGAGAACAGGAGCGAUAUUAAGGUCAUCAUGGCAACCAACAGAAUAGACAUCCUUGAUCCUGCACUACUGCGCACGGGCCGUAUAGACCGCAAGAUCGAGUUCCCCAAUCCUAACGAAGAGGCACGGCUGGAGAUUCUCAAAAUACACUCAAGGAAAAUGAACCUUGUGAGGGGGAUAAGGCUGAGUGAGAUUACGCACAAGCUCGUGAAUGCGAGCGGAGCGGAAGUAAAGGGCGUUUGCACCGAGGCAGGGAUGUUUGCGCUCAGGGAAAUGCGUGUGCACGUGACACAGGAGGACUUUGAGCUGGCGGUGGCCAAGGUUAUGAAGAAGGCCGACGACCCUGCGAGUGACCUGAGGAAACUGUUGAAGUAA